GAGCCAUGAGAAGCAUCACUUGCGACUGGACAUCGAGCCAUCAUCAGAUAAUGCUGUCAGCCACCGUAUUUCUUCCAGACGUAGAGAUGAGACAAGCAACAUGGCCUGCCCUGGUCCAGCUCAUCGCGAAGAGCAGUCGCAGACGUUGUACCGCACUGACUCGGGAUUUUCUGAAAUGUUUCCCUGUUCG